GACCUCUUCCCGGGCUAACUCACAUUGCGACGGCUUUUGCAGGCAAAUGCUCAUAAUAUCGAGAGAAAAUAAUGAAAACAAUCUUGAAGAAUAUUAUUAGCUCUCCACGUUUUACAGUAAUACUAUUUUGAAAAGUAUUUUCUAAGCCGUUUAAGAGUUAUCGCUGAAUGUGUCUGGAAUAUCGAAAACAAAACUAUCUUAACCUCGCUUGGUGACCUCCCAUUGUCCCACUGUCCUCUAAUGUGUUACGUAACACCCACAAACUGCCAUAUAAGAAACGCUGCAGUAACACACUUUAACAGCACAGUAAACUGCAGCGCACUUGAGUUUUUUUCUUUCUUCAAGUUGUGGUGUUCGGUUGUUUUACUCUGUGAAAAUGUCUAGAAAGGUUGUGUUGUAUUACUUCAAUGGAAGAGGAAAAAUGGAGUCUGUCCGUUGGCUUUUGGCUGCUGCUGGAGUUGAGUUUGAUGAGGUGUUUUUGACCAAAAGGGAGCAGUUUGAAAAACUGCUGAAUGAUGGAGCCCUGAUGUUUCAGCAGGUCCCUUUGGUUGAAAUGGACGGGUUGCAGCUUGUGCAGUCAAGGGCUAUCUUGAAUUACAUUGCUGGAAAAUACAACCUUUACGGAAAGGACCUGAAAGAGCGGGCGAUGAUUGACAUGUAUGCUGAGGGAGCCAAUGACUUGAUGGAAAUGAUUAUUAUGUUGCCUUUCAUACCACCUGAGAACAAACAGAAACAGCUUGACAAUGUCGAGGGCAAAGCAAAAGAACGCUUCUUUCCAGUGUUUGAAAAGGCUCUUGCAAAUUCUCAGUUCCUUGUGGGAAAUCAGUUGAGCCGUGCCGAUGUUCACGUCCUUGAGGCCACUUUGAUGCUGCAGGAGGUUUUCCCUACAAUACUGUCAACAUUUCCUAAACUUCAGGCGUUUCAGGCGAGCAUGAAGGCAUUACCAACAAUCAGCAAGUUCCUGCAGCCUGGCAGUGCCAGAAAACCUCCACCAGAUGAGGUCUACAUAAAAACUGUGAAGGAGGUGCUGAGCCACAUGUUUAAGUAGGACGCCCAUAGAAAACCAAUUCAUGGACCAAUUAAGCCAUUAAAUACUGUUAACCAUUAAUGAUCAUUUUAAUUCAUUUAAACCAGUAUUGCCUUAAUUCAACAAACAAAUUUACCUUUUGGUGUACUAUUUAACAUUCAGAGUAUAUCUGUACAUCUUGCUCCUGUAGCACUCAGAAGUCACAGUUAUAUUAUGUCUUGCAGUCUCUACGUGUAUGAUUUGAUAAAACUGCCAGUGAGAUUUAUUGUACUGUAACUGUGUCCAUAAAUGUAAAAAUAAAUAAACACAUUUGCAAGCUA